AUGGACAAGGAAGUUGAGCUUUCAUCCGGUGAAGGUGAAAUGGCUGCCCAACACAUUUCACAACCACGGAGGCGCAAGGGUGGUCUCAUCACCAUGCCUUUCAUCAUUGCUAAUGAGGCACUUGCAAGGGUGGCAAGCAUAGGCCUUUUGCCCAACAUGAUAUUGUAUUUGAUGGGGAGUUACAGGCUUCAUCUAGCAAAAGCAACCCAGAUACUCCUUUUGUCAUCUGCAACCAGCAAUUUCACUCCUGUGGUUGGUGCUUUCAUUGCAGAUUCUUAUCUGGGUCGAUUCCUUGCUGUUGGGUUUGGUUCCAUCAUCAGUUUUCUGGGAAUGACACUCUUGUGGUUAACAGCCAUGAUUCCACAGGCGCGGCCUCCCUCUUGUAGCCAUGCAACAGAAACUUGUAAAUCAGCAACAGGAGGGCAAAUGGCAAUGUUAUACUCUGCCCUUGCUCUCAUGUCCAUUGGAAAUGGUGGCCUUUCAUGUUCCUUAGCAUUUGGUGCAGACCAAGUAUAUAGAAAAGAGAACCCCAAUAACCCGAGGGUCUUGGAAAUAUUCUUCAGCUGGUAUUAUGCUUCUUCAGCUAUUUCCGUCAUAAUUGCCCUCACAGGAAUUGUAUAUAUCCAAGAUCAUCUUGGAUGGAAAUUGGGUUAUGGAGUACCAGCAGCACUUAUGCUUUUAUCUACUGUCUUCUUCUUCCUUGCUUCUCAUUUUUAUGUAAAGAAUAAAAAAAAAACCAGCUUGCUAACUGGAUUUGUACAAGUAAUUGUUGUGGCCUAUAAGAACAGAAAACUUCCAUUACCACCUAGGAACUCAGAAGAGCUUUACCAUCACAAGAAGGACACGGAUCUUGAUGUUCCAACUGAUAAACUAAGGUUUCUGAAUAAAGCUUGCGUUAUUAAAGAUCCAGAACAAGAUAUAGCCUCUGAUGGGUCAGCAUCAAAUAGGUGGAGUCUCUGCACAGUGGAUCAAGUAGAGGAACUAAAAGCCAUUAUUAAAGUUAUUCCCUUAUGGUCUACGGGGAUCAUGAUGUCACUUAACAUUGGAGGCUCAUUUGGAUUACUGCAAGCUAAAUCCCUGGACAGACAUAUCACCUCACACUUCCAAGUUCCACCUGGUUCUUUUAGUGUAAUCAUGGUACUUACAAUAUUUGUAUGGAUAGCUCUGUAUGAUCGUGUUAUUCUUCCUCUAGCAUCAAAGAUCAGAGGCAAACAAGUUAGGAUCAGUGCAAAGACAAGAAUGGGAGUUGGGUUGCUUUUCUCUUUUCUCCACUUGGUAACUUCAGCAUUGGUUGAGACUAUAAGGCGUAGGAGAGCUAUGAAGGAGGGAUAUCUGAAUGAUGCUCAUGCAGUGUUGAAUAUGUCAGCGUUUUGGCUUGUCCCUCAGCUUUGUUUGGGUGGCAUAGCUGAAGCAUUCAAUGCAAUAGGCCAAAAUGAGUUUUAUUACACCGAGUUUCCCAAGACUAUGUCCAGUGUUGCUUCUUCCCUUUCCGGAUUGGGAAUGGCUGCAGGAAACCUGGUAUCUAGUUUUGUGUUCAGCACUAUAGAACAUGUUACAUCAAGAGGGGGGAAAGAGGGGUGGGUUUUAGACAACAUUAACAAGGCUCGUUAUGACAAGUACUAUUGGGUUAUUGCUGGAGUUAGUGCUCUUAAUAUAGUGUAUUAUCUAAUAUGCAGUUGGGCUUAUGGACCUACUGUUGAUCAAGUAUCCAAGGUAAGUGAUGAAAAUGGCUUGCAUGAGGAAGAGUUAACCCAAAUUGGGAUGAUUAAUGGGGUUCAGGAUGAAAAGUAAAAGGAAGGCUCCGUGGAGAUAUAGAUGCUCAAAGUCCUAAAAGUUGUUUGUUUAGUUGAUAUGUUGAAUUCUGAUCAGAUUUUUGAUCAAGCAAAAAACCUUACUAUGUAGUGAUUCACACUCAAAUUUGGAUAGACAUGUUUAUUUUUCCAUUUUUUGACAAUUACUAGUCGC